GGAACUUUCCAUGUAGCAGUUAGCUUCUGAGGUUUAACCACUGAAACAUUGCUCGUUGGCAUCGGUUUUUAAAGAAUGUUUAGCCUGUUUUAGGAUAAUAUUGACGUUAUUGACCUAUUAAAACUUAACUGGGUUACAUUACUCAUGUUGAAUGUCCGGCAUUUAAAACCAAACGCGUCUAGAAAGAUGUGUAGCUAACAUUAGCUCAAGGAUGCUAACGAUAGCUUGCUAACUUUGCUAACUAGUAAACACGCCGCAGUCUGGAGGCUCAAACUCACAAGUGGAUGAGAGAAAAGGCGUCGUGAGGAUCCGAAACUUCUGCAAGGGAUGAAGAAGUGGAACUGGAGAGAAGGGCAGCGACAGAACCGGCGACAAGGCGGCGGUCAGAGAUGGUACAGAGGCAGCCGGCAAAGAUCCGCACAGGACGUGCACUGGUACUUGUGUUAAAUGGGACAGAUUGGAGGUACGGACAUGAUGAUGCAGGACCAUCGAACAGAGCACCUCAGAGGAGAUAUGAUCACCAGUCUGCCUCUACUUCUUCACCUUCUGCUUCAUCCUCCUCUUCCUCCUCCUCCUCCUCCUCCUCAUCUUCCUCUAAAGACAGCAGUGCUGCACCAGAGCUGCCAGGGUUCUACUUCGAUCCGGAGAAAAACCGUUACUUCCGCCUGUUGCCUGGACACAACAACUGUAACCCGCUGACCAGAGAGAAGCUGCAGGAGAAGGAACGGGAGAAACAGAGAAGCAAGAUGCUGGCAGAGGACGAGAAGCCAAGAAAAAAAGCACCGAGAUCAGGACUGAACACUUCGCUGCUGCUGCAGAAAAGACAUCUUGGUCUGCUGCCUGAGAACUCCUACUGUAGGCUCGUCCACGAGGUGAAGGUCAGCGGGAUGAGACGCCACAAACUGGAGAUCCAGAGUGCAGACAGCAGCACCCCGAACACCGACAACUUCAGACUCAUAGUGGGGGAUUCGGCCUGCGAGCGAGUCUUCACGGUCAACGAUGUCUCUCACGGCGGCUGCAAAUACGGCAUCAUGAACUUCAGCAGCAGCAGCCGGGGAUCUCUGUCCGUGGAGAUGUGCGAUAACCUCUACUUCACCAACCGCAAGGUGAACUCCAUCUGCUGGGCCUCAGUCAACUACCCCGACUCUCACGUUCUGCUGUGUCUGGUCGGAGUGGCAGAUACUCCGGGCUGCGUCAGUUUGCUUCCUGCUUCCCUCUUCAGCAACUCCAACCCAGAUCAACCCGGGAUGCUCUGCAGCUUUAAGAUAUCCACGGCCUGGUCUUGUGCUUGGUGUCUCAAUCCCCAGUUUGACAAGACUUUCAGCACCGGUCUGUCCCGCAGGGUCAUCGUGAAGGACGCAGAAACGGGUCGAACUCAGACGUACAGCGUCGGCAGCGACGUCUUGGCUCAACAGUUUGCCCUUCGGGUUCCUGUCCUGUUUAACGGCUGCAGGUCGGGGGAGAUCUUCAGCAUCGACCUCCGGCAGCGAGGACGCAGAGAUCAGAGCUGGAAGGCGACGCGAUUCCAUCAGGAGUCGGCCAUCACCUCCGUACGCGUCCUGGAGGACGAGAACUACCUGCUGGCUGCCGACAUGCUGGGCCAGAUCAAGCUGUGGGACGUUCGAGUGACGAAGCCGGUGCAGGAGUACAAAGGGCAUUACAACGAGCACGUCUACCUUCCCGUCCACGUCAAUGAGCGCGAAGGGCUUUUGUUGGCAGUGGGUCAGGAUUGCUACACCCGUCUGUGGAGCCUGAAGGACGGCCAUCUCCUGAGGACCAUCCCGUCACCCCACCCGGCCGCCAACGACUUGAUCCCGAGCGUGGUCUUCUCCUCCAAUCUGGGAGGCUGCAGAGGGUUGCCGGGUCUGCUCAUGGCCGUCAAACACGACCUCUACUACUUCCCGUACAACACCGACUACCAGGACGGAGCAGAGCCCAAGGACGGACUUUAGGAGGUGUUUGUGUUUGGUGAUGGGGAGUUAAAAAGGCCGGAUGAAGUUACUGUGGGACUGUUCCUCAACCCGUCGGCCAGCUUGUGCAGUUGAUUUAGUGGUACCAAACUUUGGGCUGGAAGACGACCUCAGAAGAGUUGCAUUGAAAUCUCAGGGGAAUGUUGUUUUUCACAGAUUUUUUUUUUUUUGUGCCAAAAAGAAAUCAAAGUGCUGCACAGUCCCGUUACUUACUGCACCCUGUUCUAAUUAAGUGCACUUACUGAAGACUUGAUUGACCUUGAUUUUUAAAGAGCCCAUGUUCUGCUGUUUGGGGUUUUUGGGGUGUUAUAGAUCUGGUUUUUGUCCGUAUAAAAAGGCCUGCAAAGUGACAAAGGAUGUGCAGAGUCCAUGCACAGCUGUGUUACAGGGCAGCAGUGUGCAUGUGUGUAGUAUAUAGAUCAGGGGUGUCCAAUCCUGGUCCUCGAGAGCCCCUAUCCAGCAUGUUCU